UAAUGUACAUCUAGGACUUCACAGUACAUAUAAUCUUCCUAAUCAUGAGGAACCUUCUCUUGACCAGAAAGAGGGUGAAAUGUUUCACUGUGGUAAAGAGUUAACAAAAAGAUCAAGUCUUCCUACAUAUAGAAGAAUUUGCAUCGGGGAGAAGCCAUACUCCUGUUCAGAAUGUGGGGAGUGCUUUACAGAUAAAACACAUCUUGUUAGACAUAAAAAAAGCCACAUAGGAGAGAUGUUUAAGUGUUCAGAAUGUGGGAAAGGUUUUAAAAUCAAAUCAACUCUUGUUAUACAUGAGAGAAGUCACACAGGAGAGAAGCCAUAUUCGUGUUCAGAAUGUGGGAAAUGUUUUACAUAUAAUUCAGGUCUUGUUAGCCAUAAGAGAAGUCACACAGGAGAGAAGCCAUAUUCGUGUUCAGAAUGUGGGAAAUGUUUUACACAAAAUUCAGGUCUUGUUAGCCAUAAGAGAAGUCACACAGGAGAGAAGCCAUAUUCGUGUUCAGAAUGUGGGAAAUGUUUUACACAAAAAUCAGAUCUUGUUGGGCAUGAGAGAAGUCACACAGGAGAGAAGCCAUUUUCGUGUUCAGAAUGUGGGAAAUGUUUUACACAAAAAUCAGCUCUUGUUAUGCAUGAGAGAAGUCACACAGGAGAGAAGCCAUAUAUGUGUUCAGAAUGUGGGAAAUGUUUUACACAAAAAAGUAAUCUUGUUAAACAUCAGAGAUUUCACAUAGGAAAGAAGCCUUAUUCAUGUUCAGAAUGUGGGAAAUGUUUUGCACAAAAAUCAGAUCUUGUGGGGCAUGAGAGAAGUCACACAGGAGAGAAGCCAUUUUCGUGUUCAGAAUGUGGGAAAUGUUUUACACAAAAAUCAGCUUUUGUUAAGCAUGAGAGAAGUCACACAGGAGAGAAGCCAUAUUUGUGUUCAGAAUGUGGGAAAUGUUUUACAUGGAAAUCAGCACUUGUUACACAUCAGAGACUUCACACAGGAGAGAAGCCAUAUUCAUGUUCAGAAUGUGGGAAAUGUUUUAGAUAUAAAUCAGGUCUUGUUAGACAUAAAAGUAGUCACAUAGGAGACAUGUUUAAGUGUUCAGAAUGUGGGAAAGGUUUUAAAAUCAAAUCAAAUCUUGUUAUACAUGAGAGAAUUCACACAGGAGAGAAACCAUUUUCAUGUUCAGAAUGUGGGAAAUGUUUUAGACAAAAAUCAGGUCUUGUUAGCCAUAAGAGAAGUCACACAGGAGAGAAGCCAUAUUUGUGUUCAGAAUGUGGGAAAUGUUUUACACAAAAAUCUAAUCUUGUUAGACAUAAGAGAUGUCACAUAGGAAAGAAGCCUUAUUCAUGUUCAGAAUGUGGGAAAUGUUUUGCACAAAAAACAGAUCUUGUCACACAUCAGAGGAGUCACGCAGGAGCAAAUUUCUGAAAUCAGCAGAUUCCAUUUGGGUACAAAUAAAUUCAAACCAAAGUGACAGUGCUCAGAUUGCCCUAAUAAAUUGUGGAUGACAUUCUGAAGUCUUGUAGGGCUUUAACGUCAAGGCAGCAUUAGCAAUCUUAAAGUGGCAGUGAAAUAUAUAGAUAUGGAUAAACAGAUGGUGGCCGGUGGUAAUAAGCAAACUGUUUAACAACACAUUGCACUUUUGGCUUUGUUAUGCUUUUUAAAAUAAAAGAAAUCAUCCAAAACUUCUCUCUAAUGGGGUGGAUGUCUGGCAGUG